UAGUUGUUUACAUGAUUGGCAAAUGUAAUGAUGAAAUCACAACCAUCUGUCUUUGUGAAACUAUACAUGCUAGCAGUUUCUAUAUUGUUGUGUGGGAUGGUAAGAUGUGACUAUGCUUGCAUAUGUAACUACAACGUGGAAUCAGCAGUGUAUCUGCAAGAAAAUAAAAACAGUAAGACCAUUGGCUACCUCUACGAAUUCGAUUGCAAACCGUCGUAUGGUCAGCUUCGUCAUGGGAUCUUUUUUCAAAUUCAAUUCGAAGGACAGGUUGGAUAUGUGGAGGAUAAUAGUCAAAUAAUGAUACAAACUUGCCCUGGAAGUGUCCCGACACAAGAUCAAGUCUCUACGUCUGCACCUACUACAACGGAUAUAGCACCCAAUAUAACACAAAUAUCCACAACAACGUCUAUACCUCGAACUACUUCAAAAGGAAAACCAUUGACCGAUUAUAUGUAUUCGCUGUCCACAACUAGUUUUCUCAACACUACAAUAUAUACGGUCAUAAAUAACACCGACAUAACUACAAACAAUCAAACAACAUAUAUUCCGAUAAUUGUGCAUACAACCACAACAAGUCAGAACGAAUCAUUUCCACCAUCAACAAUUCAGAACACAUUUCCUCCAUCAACAAAUCAGACAACAUCCGUUACACCAUCAACAAGUCACAAAACAACAUUAACACCAUCAACAAAUCAGACAACAGCAUUUACACCAACAAUUAGUCAGACAUCACCCUUUCCAAUCUCAAUAAGUCCGAAAACAUCCUUUACACCAUCAACAAGUCAGGCCACUACACUGACAUCAUCAACUGUUCAGACAACAAUAUUUACACCUUCAAUACCACCGACAACAUCAAUGACAUCACCAACUACUACAACCACGUUAAAACCACUACCGACGACUUUAAAAACAUCAACGACAACAACAUUUGAAAUGCUGACCACGACACCAUUACGGACGUGUAAGUCAGGUUGGGUGCAUCACGGCGAUUCCUGCUACUUGUUUUCACAUGACACUGAAGAUUGGUCAAUGGCUCAAUUGAUUUGCCGCUUGCUCGGCGGAAAUUUGGCUGAAGUAAGAACGCAGUCGGAGAAGUUAUUCAUCAGGCAAACAGCCAGUACAAGAAGAGUUAAAUUCUGGAUUGGAGCCAAUGAUCUGUCAACUGAGGGCGAGUUUCGGUGGGCGGGGAGCGAUCGAAGAGUGACGAUAACAGACUGGCAUUCUGGGCAGCCGGACAACUAUGAGGGGGCGGAAGACUGCGUCCACACUGACGGCGAACGGACAGGGACAUGGAACGAUGAGGAUUGCGAUGAACGCAUGCACUACAUUUGUGAAGAAAGAUUAUUAGAACCUCCCCACGGACCAUCCUCUUCAUUGAUUGGAUAAGAAACAUUAGGCCAACGAAAACAACACUAUUAUACCUUCUUUGAUAAGAACAUAC